CUCGGCUUUCGUUUCGUCACAUAUAGAGUCCUGGCCUGGUUCGAGCUUCCAUUUCUAUUCGCUCGCUUGCUUCCGUCCUCUUCUCCCCUCUUUCUCUGUGGCUUUGAUUGACGAAUCAAGAGAGGAUCCGAUUGUACGUGCAUAAAGCGUUUCUUCUACUUUUUGUUCUUCAAUUUCAAUGUUGUUCAACUUCGAUAAUUUGUUCGGACAUACACAUGUAUAUGCUUAUGGAUAGAUUGCAGUUACUGGAGUCCAAGAACUUCUGUUUGAUGACCCAUUAUGGAGAUACAAACUUCGGGGAAACCAAUUGAUCAGCUUUUGGAGAAGGUUCUUUGCAUGAACAUCCUUUCGUCUGAUUAUUUCAAAGAGCUUUACCGACUGAAAACUUACCAUGAAGUGAUAGAUGAGAUUUACAAUCAAGUUGAUCACGUAGAGCCAUGGAUGACGGGAAACUGUCGAGGCCCUUCAACGGCAUUUUGUCUACUCUAUAAGUUUUUCACUAUGAAGCUAACUGUCAAGCAAAUGCAUGGCCUGUUAAAGCAUCCAGAUUCUCCUUACAUAAGAGCAGUUGGGUUUCUUUACUUGAGAUAUGCUGCGGAUCCAAAGACAUUAUGGAAUUGGGUUGAACCCUAUCUCAAGGAUGAUGAGGAAUUCUCUCCUGGAUCCAGUGGUCGAAUGACUACAAUGGGUGUAUAUGUGCGUGAUUUGCUUCUUGGACAGUACUAUUUUGAUACUCUCUUUCCCCGUAUCCCGGUUCCAGUAAUGCGGCAGAUGGCAACUAAUCUUGAAAAGAUGAAGCUCUCUACUAAGCAUUCAGGAGUGACUGGAGAAUCCACACGUGGGUCUGAUGACACUGCUCGUAGACCCCCGUCUGUCAAAGCUGCACUUUCGGUCUCAUUUGGUCAGCGUGCUCCUCAUCGUGCAUCAACUAGGGACUCGUCACCUGUUCGCCGUACAUUGCCACCUCCUCCUUAUGAUAGAAAUGGGGAGGAUGACCAUUCAAAAAGAUCUCCCAGCAAUCGACGUAGCCAGAGUCGUGACCGAGAUUAUUCAGACAGAGACAGGGAGAGAGAUCGGGAUCGGAAUCGAGACAGGGAGAGGGACCGGGAUCGAGACAGGGGCAGAGAGAGAGAUAGGGACUGGGAUAGAGCUGGAGAAAGGGACAGGGACAGAGACAGGGAUCGAGAAAGGGAUAGAGAUAGGAGGUAUGAUUAUGAUAGGAGGUCCAGAGAAAGCAGCAGAAGGGAUUAUGAUAGGAGCAGCCGUGAUAGUAGCAGGUAUUACAGAGAAGGUAGUACUCGUAGAAGCAGGAGCCGGAGCAGGAGCAGGAGCAGGAGCAGCAGUCAGAGUAUCCAAACUCGCGGUGUACCUACUGAUCACUAUCCAAGUACACAUCGGGAUGGAAGCAAAGAAAAAACAUCUGCAUCUAGCAAUCUGGCCAAGCUGAGAGAUCUAUAUGGUGACUUGAACACUCAGAAAGAGGAUGCUGCCAAAGAUAGGGCUCCUAAUAGGGACAGCGGCGGCGAAGAGGUUAUCAGGCUUGGAGGCUCUACUUGGAAAUAGUGCAAGGAGGGGACCAAAUUUGAUUGGCCCUCGUCUCUAACUGAACAAUCGUUGUGGUGGAACAGUUUGAGAUCCUUAUUUGUAAGCUCUUGUUAGUUCCCUUACCUGCCUGCUAUUGCAAUUUAACCUUCGUGAGAGAGAGAUGUUAUGGAUGAUCCCAUAUAACGACCAGAUGAAAGUACAUCUGCAGGUGGGCUGCAUGUAUAUCAGAUUAAAUGUUACCUUUUAAUAUUCCUCUUCUCUCAACUGAAUUAUUAUUGUUAAGUUCACAAAUCAGUUUGGUAAACGCGGUUCUGCAGCUUCUGCUAGUCGCUCCCAAUUGUCAAAAGUGUGUUGUUGGCAUAGCAGUGGUGUAUUUUCGACUUCUUUAUGGACAGUUGGCAGUGGUUUUUAUUUGAUUGGCUUGAAAACUGUAUUGCAAUUGUGAAAAUUUGAAGCAAAUACUUAUAUAUAUA